AUGGCGCAUGCUCUUGUCCUUGGGGCUCUUGGCAGUGUGACCAAUACGAGCGGCGAGCUUCGCGAUGGUGCGCGUCAUGAGAAGAUCCGUCACCGAGACUUGGAAGCCUGCCUUUCUCAGCUUGGAGGCCAUGGCCAUGGCGAGGAUGGAGUCGCCGCCGAGGGUGACAAAGUCCUGCGUGACGCCCACCUCUUCGGCCUGCAGGUUGAGAACGUCGCACCAGACCUGGUGGAUGCUCUUCUCCGCCUCGGUGGACGGCUCGACUACUUGGACGAGUUGAGAAGCCGGGCUGCCGUCAGUGCUUGCCGUAGAAAUACCGCAUACGCGCCUGUGCAGUUCGUCCGACAUGCCAUUGAGCCACUGGCCAAGACAUUUCCGGUUGAGCUUCUCAGAGGGCAGCAGCGGGAAGCUCUUGACUGGAAUCCAAAGGUUGGGGAUCAUGUAGCCCGGCACAAGGGACGACAGGUGAGUGGUUGCGUCCGACGUGAUUGCUGCCGCCAUGGAGGUCUCGUCACCGUCGACGAUCUCGACGAUGCCAUCCCGGUUGGUUUCAGCACCAAGCUUCUUGAGGGAAACCAGGGCAACCAGCUGGCCCUUGCAUGGGCCAGAGGAAGGGUGCAAGACGGCAGCGUGUUGGAUUUCGGAGUUUUGGCUGAGCACCAAAUCAGCAGCAAAUCAGCUUACCUCUCCCACAGUUCCAACAGGAGCCAGCCUGUCAUGAUUUUCUGCAUCCACAAUCCAGCAAAUACCGCCGACGGCCCUGCCGAUAUUAGCCGGGUCCGUCUCCAACGUGAUGUCGCUGUUGACGGCCGCAGAGAUGGCACACUCGGUCGGGCCAUAGCCGUUGAUGAGGCGGACCUUGUCGGCCCAGAUCUGGACGUUUUGGCGGGUCAUGGCCUCGCCUCCGAGGACGAGGGUCUCCAAGGUCGGCACGUCGGCGGGCUCGAUGAACUUGACGACCGAGGGGGUCAGGAAGCUCCAGUUGAUGUGGAAGUCGUUGAUCACCUCGACCAUGCUGCGGUUCUUGGCCCGCUCGUUGGGCACGCAGACGCAGGCGCCGUGCAGCAGCGUGGUCAUGAUCUCCAUGACGCUCACGUCGAAGCUGUACGGGCAGCCCUGCAGCACUCGAUCCUCGGGGCGGAUCCCGAGGGCGCGAGCCUGCGCUUGACAAGAGUACAGGAAGGCCCGGUGCUCGACGACGCAGCCCUUUGGGACGCCGGUGGAACCAGAAGUAAAGAUGACGUAGAGGGCACUGGACAAGGUGGCGCCGGUGACCGGGAGCUCGGGGCCGGCGUCUGCCAAGGCCGCGAUGGAAACGUUGUCGACCACCUGGACCGACAGACCAGACGACCGCCAGAGAGAAACCUGGGCGAGGGAGCAGAGGAUGACGUUGGUCUCGACCUGGUUGAGAAUCUCGUUCAGGCGAGCCAUCGGGUACGAGGGAUCAAGGAACACCACCGCACCGCCGGCCUUGAUGACCGCCAAGAGCGCGACUAUGGCCCAGCCCGACUUCUCAAAGCACAGGGGCACAAUGACCUCGGGCCCGACGCCCAAGGCUUUCUGCAGGUGGUGAGCCAGCUUGGUGGUGAUGCGGUCGAGGUCGCCGUAGCGGAAAUCGACAUCCCACGCGUUGACGGCCAUCAUCUUCUCCCUCGCUUCGCUGGCCGUCGCCGUGCGGUGAAACAGCUCGUGCGUGAGUCCGCCGGCGAGGUUGCCCUCCAGAUCCACGGGGGUAAACUCGGUCGGGUGGUUCCAAGCAACGACUUGGUCUCUGUCGUACGGACUGAAAAGAUCAAUAUCCGCAACGACGGUCAUGGUGCCCUCGGCGGCGCUUGCCAUGACCUGCUCCACCGCGUGCUUGAACUGGUAGAGGAUCCGGCGCAUGACGGCCUCGGGGGUGAUUCUGUGGUCAAAGUUGCCCAAGACGUCCAGCUGCUUGUCCCUGCGAACGCGGACCUGGAUGCCCAUGCCGAACCGCAGCGUCUCCUUUUCCUCGUCCGACAGCUUCUGCGCCCCGAGGAACGAAGCCUCUUGGUGCACGUCCGGCGGCUGUAUGACCAUGACGCACGCAAACCCGCAGGCCUCGCGGCACUCCCUGCCCAUGCGCUGGAUGUUUUGGAGGCCGGCGUGUUCAAACUUGAUCAUGUCGGUGGUCUGGUCCUGUAUCAUCCCGAGCAACUGCGGCACCGUCGUGGCGGCCCUGUCAAAGGCGAUUCGAAGCGGCACCGUCGUGAUGGUGGGCCCGACCAUCUCGGUUAUGCCCUCGACCGGCGUGUCGCGGCCGCUCUGGAUGACGCCAAACAGCACAUCGUCCGGCGAUCCGCUGUGGCAGCCCUGCACGAGAGCCCACGCGGCCUUGAUGAUGGUGGAGGUGGUGAAGCGCGACCCGGGAGGGCGCUCGAACGGCAAGGAGAUGGCCACCUCGCCGUCGAGGAGCGGGUCGAACUGCUGGCUGGGAAACGGAGGCCACGCGGGCGCCGCGAUGCCCCUGAACUGGCCCUGCCAAAAGGCCCUGCAUUCUUCAGGGUCCGUCUCCUGAAGGUGGGCAAUGAAUCGGCUGUACGGUGGCGUGGGCUCUAUGACGGGUCGAGGCGACGACGACUCGUACGCGGCCUGCACGCGGCGGAGGAUGAGGCUCUUGGACCACCCGUCGUACGUCGAGUGGUGGAUGGACCAGAUGAAGUAGCUGCCGGUGAAGGGCGUGUCGACAAUGGCCAGUCGCGAAAACGGCGUGCCCAGCUGGAAAGGCAGCCGUUUGUCUUCGUCAAUGUAUCCCUUGACGCUCUUCCCAGAACGCCACUCGAUGACGUGGCCGUCGGCGGCGCCCCUGACGACCUGGAAAAAGCCGCCGAGCUCGUCCAUGUUGACUAUGGUGGUGCGGAGGAUGCUUGCGUCGCGAGCAACGGCCUCCCAAGACUGCUUGAAUCUCUCAACAUCCAGCUUGGCCGGGAGACGGUAGACCUCACGGAGCACGUAGGCCUGCGAGUCCUUGACCGUCAGCGCGAUGAGGCCAGGCUGGAGCGGCGCGCAAGGCAGGACGUCUGCGACCGUGCUGCGAGGGAUGCGGUACGUCGUCUCGAGCGCCGCGAGCACCGCUUCCCUCUUGUGCUCGGGAAUCAACGAAAAGGGCUUGACGUCUUUGGUGUCUUCCGCCGAUUCACAUGUGAACCUGGCCACCUUUGCCAUGUCGGCAAGACGGGGGUGGCGGAAGACGUCCUCAUGGGUGAGUACGAUGCCGGCAGCCCGUGCAGCCCCGGUGAGCUGGAUGGCCGUGAUGGAGUCGCCUCCAAGGGCCAGGAAGUUGUCGUCCAUGCCGAGCGAGGCGGCAUCGCGGCCAAGACUUUGAGCUACAAGACUCACAAUCGAGACCUCUUUACUGGUCGAGGGAGCCACGGAGGAUGA